AGUGCGCAAUUCAAAAUCUAAGCAGCAUUGCAGCAAGAUAUGCAAAAGUGAACAGAUUUAAUACAAUUCUCAUGGACCCCACAUUCCUAUAUGUCCGUUGGAACAGGACCAAAGCUUCAAAUCCAACUUGAAUUCUUGAAACAACGUAAACACCGAACAGAACUGGAAGAUGAAAGUGAGAAUUCUCAAGUUGGAGCUGAGUGAAGAAGCUUCAUUCCAGAAAAAGUAAGUGAAAGUUCUUGAUUCUUGAAUCUAUUGUCUGAGAAAUGCCAGAAAAAAGAAACUUUGAUUACAGAGUGAGAUGAAAUGUUCAGAAUGAGAGCAGAAACAGUGACUUCUCAUAUUGUUGGAGCUGAAAAAGAACAAGUACAAGGAGAAGAAAUGGAAUGGAAGUGCAGAAAAUCAGGACAUUCAUCUGAUAAAGAAAACCAAAACUCCAACUGGUUGAAGACCAACAAUGUUCUCAACAAUGUUCUCUUCACAAUGCGCCUCCAUUCUCUCAACCAAACACAACGGACACCUCUAUCUGCUCCCACCAACAAGAACCAAGAUUUCACGCUCACAAAUCUUGUUUCUGAUAAAACUUCACUUCUCUCUGAUGAAAUCUUGCUCAAGAUUCUCUCGAAACUCCCCAAGUCUCAGAGAACUGCAAAUUUUCUUGUUUCCAAGAGGUGGCUGAAUCUGCAGGGCAGGCUGGUGAGAUCAGUAACGCUUCUUGAUUGGGAGUUUCUGGUAACGGGUCGAGUGUUUCUGAGGUUCCCUAAUCUUGUUCAUGUUGAUUUGGUUAAUGGGUGUUUGGUUUCCUCUCGGAAUUCUGGUAUCUUCUGCACUCAUAAGAGUUUGUCUUUUCAUCUUGGGUCUGAUGUUGAGGGGAAAGAUAGGUUUUUUGAUGAAAAUCUUGUGUUGAAUGCUGAUGAAGUUGAUAGAGGUUUGAGGGUUUUGGCCAGUGGGUGUCCGAAUUUGCGGAAACUAGUGGUGGUUAAUUGCAGUGAGAUGGGGCUCUUGAGUUUGUCCGAGGAGUGUCCCACAUUGCAAGAACUGGAUUUGCUUAUGUGCAAUGAUCGGGUUCUGCGUGGGAUUGCUGCUUGUCAGAAUCUACAGGUGUUGAGAUUGAGUGGAAUUGUGGAUGGGUUUUAUGGCUCAUUGGUUUCAGAUGUUGGAUUGACUAUUUUAGCACAAGGGUGUAAGAGAUUAGUGAAGCUUGAACUGAGUGGAUGUAAGGGGAGUUAUGAGGGGAUUAAAGCCAUCGGCCAGUGCUGCCAAAUGCUUGAAGAAUUGACUCUGAGAAAUCAUAAUAUGGAGGAUGAAUGGUUGUCGGCUCUUUCGUUCUUUGGAAACUUGAGAACAUUGAGGUUCAUUUCGUGUAAGAGGAUCGAUGGUAGUGCUGAGCUUGACGAGCAGUUGGGGUCUUGUCCAGCAGUUGAAAGGCUUCAUUUGGAGAAGUGUCAAUUAAGGGAUAAGAGGAGUUUGAGGGCGUUGUUUCUGGUCUGCCAUAACACAAGGAAAUUAUUUGUACGGAAUUGUUGGGGGCUGAAUGAUGAUAUGUUCAGCACUUCAAGCGCUUUGAGGAGAGUAAGAUUUCUGUCUUUAGAAGGGUGCUCACUGCUAACAACACACGGUCUAGAGUCGGUAAUCAUUUCCUGGUAUGAACUCCAGAGCCUCGAAGUGAAGUCAUGCAACAACAUAAAGGAUAGUGAACUCAAUCCCAUUGUUUCUACUGUGUUUUCUGCUCUUAAAGAUUUGAAAUGGAAACCAGAUUCAAAAUCUCAGCUUUCGUCUAAUCUUGAAGGAACCGGCAUGGGAAAGAGGGGCAGUAAGUUCUUCAAGAAAUCUUGCGACUGGAAAUCUUUGCCAAUGCAUAGAACUUCAGAUUCUUGAAUCUAUACAUAAACACCGGUGGAUUUACAAUUCCUCAGCUCCAUUUUUUUGCUCGAUAAUUUUGACAGAAAUUAUCACAACCCUUGAAAGGAUGAUUCAUCAUUAUACCACAGAUGAUAGUAUUAUUGUAUAUGUUGUAAGGGGUUGGGAUGGCAUUUUAAGCCCCUUUCAGUUUUCUUUACUGUUUCUCUGCUGCCAGUUUCAGGCAAUAGUGCACAAUUGCACAUUGAUGCAUUGAUGCACCACUUGUUAUGUUACAUCCCAUAGAUCUUCUAGUCCAAUGACGUAUGAAAUAUUAUCAUUACUUAUUAA